AUGAAGAUUUCAAAGUAUUGCUGCUUCCUUUUGUUACUCAUACAGACGGCAAUUCUUGUAACUUGCACGACUGCCGCAGCAACACACGAAUUUGAACAUCAGGGAAAUUUAAUCAAAAUUAUAAAUGAAAUCUACUACGGCAUCAAUGCCACAACUUUGGUAAUUUUUAAUUAUGAAACAAAAGAAAAUGAAUUGUGGUUUUCAGCAGAAAUAGAAACCGUAGAGAAAUUAAAUUUAUGGCAGGAAUUAGAGCAACCAAAACUUUUGCUUGAAAAAGAUUUUCAACUGGAAUUAAGGCACAAUCUUAAUUCCGAAGUUUUAGCAGUGGUGGUGAUGAAACAGGAAUAUUUAAAUGAAAGGAACUGGCAACAUUUUAGUAAAAUCUUGGAACACUGGAGGAAAACGGAUGUAUUGUUCGUAAAAGAUUUUGAAGAUGAGGAUGAGGAAGAAAUGUAUAAUUUCUUUACCAAUACCUGGAAAGAGGGAUUCCUGAAUGUCUUGCUAUGUAACUUUAAAGGUGAACAGACAGAGUUGUUUACAUUUACACCAUUUCCCAUGAUCAAAAUGGAAACAAUUUCUAUAGCUGGCUAUUUGAAUAGACAUAAAAAUGUGCCGAAUGGUCUGGGCUAUACCAUUCGCAGCAGUGCCGGCAAUAAUCCACCACGUGCUUUUGUUUAUUACAAUGAGGGCUUUAAAUUGGAAUGUAAAGGUUUGGGUCCUCAAUUAAUUAAGAUAUUCGCCCAACGCUAUAACUUUUCUAUAGAUUGGGUACUAAUGCCGAAUUUUGAAUCGGUGGGUAUGAUAGAUUGUCUCAAAUAUCUGCUCACAGAUACUGUGGAUACCUGCAGUGAGUUGUUGCCGCUAAACGAGCCAUCAUAUGCCAUUGCCACUCCCGUCUAUAUUAUCUAUGGUUACGUGUUGGUGCCAUUUGCUCCUCACUUACCCAAAUCGAAAUAUUUACUACAUCCGUUUCAAAAAGAAAUUUGGUGGUUAAUGCUUUUGGGCGUAUUGCUGCUGACAAUAGUGAUGAGCCUGAUCAAUCGUUUCAAACUAGGCUGGUGGCAUAUAACUUUGCAGUUUAUGCGCUCUAUGGAAUUUUUGCUAUACAUAGGACCACAACUGCCUCAUUCUUGGGGUCUGCAGAAAUAUUUAAUAUUUUUCAUUUUUAUACCCUGCGCCUUUAUUAUCUCCAACUUAUACAUGACAUUUCUCACCAGUAUUUUAACCUCAAAUGUUUUUGAGACACAAAUAAAUUCUCUAGAGGAUUUGAAACAGCGCGGUGUCACCGUUCUAAUUACAGAAUCGGAUAUGGAAAUUUUGAGCAUGUACAAUUCAUUUGAACCCAUUUCGGAUAAUUAUCUCAAGAUAGAUGUCUCUUCUUAUGCGGAUUUGCGUAACUCUCUAAACAAUAAAUUUGCCUAUGUCAAUUUCGAGGAUAAAGCUACAUUUUAUUUAUAUCAACAGAAAUUUCUUCAAAGACCACGCCUUAGGAAAAUGCCAAAACCUUUGUCUGCCUUGUGGGCCAAUAUACCGAUGCCCCAUAAUUGGCCAUUUUUGGAUUUGUUUAAUCAAUACAUGUUGUACAUGUUUGAUUCGGGUUUAAUACCUCAUUUAUUGGAACAGUCAAAGGAGGAAGGUAUUCGUAUGGGUUAUAUACGUUUUUUGAAAACAGAAUAUUAUGAUGUGGAACCUUUGAAUGUGGACUAUUUUAAAAUGCCCACCAUUUUAUUGGUCGUUGGGUAUUUAAGUGCUUUUGUGUGUUUUAUU